AUGAAGACCCGCUCAAUGUCGAAUUUGCCACACUUAGCAGCCCCCAGCUCGCCCUCUAAUAAACACAAAGAAAAUUUUAAUAUCCCAAGCUAUCCCGAAGAUCUUUUUCCAAAAAUUAAUAAAAACUCAGAGCAAAUUAAUGACUUUUUGCUUGAGGACCCAGAUUAUAAUUUCAAUAAAAACAGAAAACGAAAAACUAAAGAACAGUUAAAAAUGCUUAAAGAAACCUUUUAUUCUAAUGCUGCUUGGACUAAGGAAAUUGUGUCAGAAUUAGCUAGGAAAACUGGGUUAAGCGAAAAUCAAGUUUAUAAAUGGAGUUGAGAUUAUAAGAAAAAAAUCAAACAAGAAGGGCCUUGAAAUGACGUGAAAAUGCUGGUUUGUCAAGAAUUAUUGGCGCCGUCAAGACUAGAAUGCGAUUUAUAUGCAUUGCAGAGGAGGUAUAAAUCUGCAUUAACUGAUAUCCAACAAAAGUAUUGAAAUUAUUAUAGAAAUUAA